UUCACACAGUAAAUAAAAGCAUGGAGGCUCCGACUCUCGGGAUCUAACACCGAGCAGCGGGGGGUAAAGACACCGCCGCAUGCGCUCUUCCUCUCGCCAAAACACACAGGACGGAAGCGGGACAGCGGUGAACGCUUUCCCCGUUGGAUUAUUCCUCAUUUUUCCGCGGAAGGGAGGAUUACAGCGGGGGAAAGGAGCGGGGCAGCUCGCCGCGCCGAGCAUGAAGCGGACGGCUGGAGUGGCCAGGCACAAUGGCCUCGUCUCUCCGCUGGGGAACAACAACUCCGGAGCUUCGAGCAUCGUCUCGCCGCAGCAGCCCAGAACCACCAGCAUCCCCGCCUGUGCGGACAGCGGCGGCGGCGGCGGCGGAGGUGCCGUGGACGGCCUGCUGGAUUUCUCCAAAGGCCCCAGCGUCAAAACCGAACUGGUGUGCAAAUGGAUUGACCGAAGUUCUGCCUCUGCGAGACAGAGGCUGGGGCGGACGGCGACGUCAGUCUGCGACCAAACUUUCAGCUCCAUGCACGAGCUGGUGGACCACGUCACCACCGAGCAUGUAGCGGCGGGGCUCGAGACCCUCAGUCACGUCUGCAUGUGGGACGAGUGUCUGCGCGGCGGGAAGGCGUUCAAAGCCAAAUACAAACUCAUCAACCACAUCCGCGUGCACACCGGGGAAAAGCCCUUCUCGUGCUCGUUUCCCAACUGCGGCAAGAUGUUCGCCCGCUCCGAGAACCUCAAGAUCCACACGCGCACACACACUGGUGAGAAGCCGUUCCAGUGUGAGUUUUGUGAGCGACGCUUCGCUAACAGUAGCGAUCGGAAGAAGCACUCGCAGGUGCACACAGCCUCCAAGCCCUAUGACUGCAAGGCCCUCGGCUGCACCAAGUCCUACACCCACCCCAGCUCCCUGCGCAAGCACAUGAAGGUUCACAUCAAGUCGUCACCUACCUCUGACCUCCAGGACCCUUUUGACUCCACCCCUCAUCAACUCCAGCAACCUCAUCAGGCUCUCCUCGAGCCCCUGAACCUUAAAAUGAAUCGCCACUCCCCAUCCCUCGCCAACAACCAUGCAGAAUUUCCACUUCUGACUAAUCAUGGACUGGGUAUCAGCUCAGCCGGUGAAGUGGACCAUAAGCUGCUGCUGCGAAGUUCAUCCCCAAUGGCGAUGCCGCUGGAUCUGUCUCUGUCAGGCUGGAAGAGUCAGCUGACCCAGAAGCAGCAGAGCAGCAGGACGCCGCGGAGGAGCCAGCGCUCAGUCAACCCAGCAUUACCUCAGCUGUCUAACAUUAAAGAGUGGUAUGUCUGCACCAGGACUACAGCACCACACUUUCCUCUACUUCACCCAGACCACAUCAAAUCAGAACCUAGCGACGAUGACGAGUACGUCACGUAGGAUGGAGGGACCUAGGAAAAGGAGAUUAAGAACUGACCUCAUGCACCGUCAGACCCACGCUUGGUCAGAUGAUGCUCUGUGGAAUCAUCGUUGCUGUAAUUUUCUAGAACCAGCAGUGGUAUGGUUCAGCAUCAGUGGCCCUUCUUAGGUGGAGAAGGCUUUUAUACUCGGUUUUCCAUACAGAACUCGGACCAAAAGCAGCGGCUAUGAGACUGUAGGUAUGAGCUACUGGACUUGCUUGAGUUUUGCCUGAAGACGUUUCACCUCUGAACAGGGUGGAAACACUUCAACAUAACUAAAGCGAGUCCGGUUGCUUAUAUCGACAGCCUUGAAGACGUACAGUUCUGAUCUGGAUGACUGAGAACCUUCACAGUGCAAUGGCUGAAAUGAUGCCACGAGGGGCAAGAGGACUUCCAUCACUAUGGUUAUCAAACUAAUCAGUGUUAGCUAGCUAACCUGAACUAACAAAGGGGAUGAUUUUGUUGAAAUGGACCAGAGAAUGUUGGUGACUGUUGUGCUUGAUGUUACCUGAAUAUGAAGAGGGUGUGUGUACAUGAUGACCUCUCUGGAGAAACAGAUUAUUAAUCCCUCCUCCCACAUGAAACAAUGUCAAGGGCUAAAUUGACACUGAUGGAAAGUGUUCAAAUGUUAACCUGAGCUCACAGUAUUUUUCUACACAUGGUGACACAGCGCUCGAGUGUGUGUGUGCGUGUGUGUGCCUGCUAAGGUCUCAGUGUUCUUUAAGUAAACUGCUUUGUUUGAGAAUUUGAGAAAAUGGCAAAUAUUUUUUGGAGAGCAGCAGAAUCUGCGGCAAGAGGACGAGUACGUUUGUUUGAAGCAGACUGAGGCCUUUUCAAAGCGCUCUCCGAGGUACAUUUCAGGUUUUUUAAACCGUGGUUAUUGGAGGUACUGACACACAGACCCCGUUCAGAAUCAACAUUACCAGUGUUACGUAUGACUGUUCACAUCUGGCAUUAAAGAGGACAUAUUAUACUCACAUAUUAAGGUUUUUUAUUUUAAAUCUAGGUUCACGUGUACAAAUGUUUCAAUUUACCUUCAGCCAGUGUGGUAAAUGCCUGCUCAGCUUUUCUUUUCCCCUCCUGAAAGCCUCUGGUCUGAUUGGCCAAUAAGCCGGGCUGCUGUGAUCGAUCAGCUGCUUCCAGCAUCUUUUGGUACUUAACUAGGGAAUUUCAACCUUCAUAGACUUUGGAGCAAUGUGCAGCCACUCAGUGUUGGGUGUCUUGCUCAGGGGUACCCCAACCUUUGUGACCUUGCUGGGAUUGGAACUGGCAAGCCCAGUUCUCCUUCCUCUUGGCCAUGGGCUACCUGUAAAAAUCCCAUGGCCAUGGACCUUAAACCAGGCUUGUCCAAAGUCGCUUUGAAACCAGAGUCUCAGGCAGAUACUUGCAUUAACCUCCUAUUUUAUUGACUCCAAAUGUUCAUUUGUUUACACCUGCGUGGCAUAGAUUUGCUUACAUUGCCAUUUCAAAAGGAAAAUAAAAUGAUGCUGAAACAGUGCAUUUGUAUGUAACUUUUACUGUAAAAAAAGAAAAGAAAAAAAGGUCUGAAGGGACCAUUGGCCCCUGGGAAUCUUCCACUAUCAAAUUCAGAUUCAGAUCAUCUGCUAAAAACAAUGAUGAUAACAACAGUGAGGCACACACCAGACUUAUCUUGUCCAGUAGGACAGUGAGGAGGAAAAAAAUAGUAGCAGUGACGUGUCUUGGGUCUCUGGGGGCCCUCGGCAAAGAGGGAUUUUUGGGGGGCCCUCUUUGAAUCCCCCCACGAAUACUGACCUCUGCUUUUAACAUGUUUUAUUUAUUUAUUUACAAAUAUCAACACUUUAUACACAACAAGCAUUAUUAACAACAAUACCACACAGACGGCACAUGGUUAGAAUAAAAAAAGGAAAAUCUCAGAUAACAAACUAGUGGGGGCCCCUUUGCGUUGUGUUGAGCAGUUUACAGACGACCUGGUGUAACUGCUGUGUGCCAGUAUCAGUUGACCACUGCGGCCCCUCCCGACUCGUUUCCGAUGAAAUUGGCUAGUUUCCCUACCAGCGUUGCCAUGGCUCUGUUCAGGGUUCAAACAGUAGUGCAGACGGAAACUACAUCAACAAUUAACUCCGUCCCAUGAUUUUUUGAUCUUUUACUUGAACCGAAAACAUAAGACACUAGAUGAAAGAAAAAUAUCGAAAAACCAUAAUAUGUCCUCUUUAAGUUUGCCUGUUAUUACUAUUUACUAUGUGCGCCUCCAUGUCUCAAGCUGGUUCUAGGCUCAGGGGGGGCCACUGCAGUGGGUGCUGACCCUGUCUCAGUACCUCACAGAGCCACACUUCACAAAAAACCGUAAGCCAUAGUGCUCUAUUUGGAUUUAUUGCUGAUGCUUUUUUUGGUUUGGCAGUUCACAUCAUUUCUUUGGCUAGCAUCUAAUAAUGGUCACAUCAGGUCACGUCACAUGCAGCACGCUGUUGUAUGGAAGCAAACAGCAGGGGGUUGAGUUAGUGUGUACAGUUUUAUGUUUAAGUUAUUGAGCAGCGGAAGCCACCGAAUUUAUGAGCAACUAAUGAUGAGGAGAAAGAGCCAAAUUGUAAAUUAGGGCUCAGUCGAAGCAUUUCUGUACAGAGGUGGGUGUGGAUGCGUCACAGGCAUCCAACCUGUAUCCAUUUUGGACUACAUAUGAAGAAGCUACGUGCAUAACACCACACUGAAGUGACUCAUAUUUCCUUUCUUUUUCCAUCGCUGUGACUGGGAUCUGAUUUUGUUUCACGGCUGUGUGGACACACAAAUGCCAGUUUACGUAUCAGAUUUGUGUCACUUCACCAUGUGUUCCAGAUCAGAUAUGACGUAUAUACAGUAUGUGGCCAUGCAACGUGAGCGAGAACAGUCAUGGCACAUGUGGCCUUUUUUGAGAACUGUGCACAGGGCAGUCACUUUUUCAAACAAAUAUUUUCCUUCAAAGAUGUUCCCCCUGCCCUCACAGACCCACGAACAUGACAUUAUUAAUUAUAACUCCUAACUAUUAGUGACGUGAGGUUGCACCUCCAUGGCGGCGGCCGUCUUUGAUGCUCUCUCCACCACCUCACUGGGGUUAAGCAACGUGCAUAAGCUCACUUCUUCAUUUUCUGAUGGGCCAAGAAGGCAUUCAAAGUGUCUAAGGCCAAGCUGCACUCAGAGCUCUGUCUGCUGGACCCUGCAGUAAUGACUUCAGACAGUCUGUUGUGCUUCUAGGCCAUAUAGCCAAACUCAAAUGGGUUUUUUAAGGUUUAAAUCUGAAUUUUCCCCUCCUAUGUUAAUAUUAGAUAAAAAGUGACAGCCCUUGUGUGCAUAUGCAUGUGUGUUCACAUGAAAGUCAGUUUGUCUAGUCUGAUCUGUACUGAAUCAGUGUGGCUGGUAAUGUGGACAUCACCCAAAUCAGACUUGAAGAAAUAAGAUUCCACUUCAUUUGUUCUCUUCAGACUGUCGUGGAAAACAAAAAGGGAUCAGAGUCACAUCUGAGCAAAAACCAGUCAGACGUGGACCACAGGAGCCUGCAGUCUGAAAGCACCACAUAAGGUUAGGCUCAGAAUCUGAUCUUUUUAGGAAACGUAUCCAAUCCUUUUGCCUGCGUUGCCUUGGUAACAAUGUAGGUAAAUAAUCACCCUGUCAGACUGAGACUGGUGCAUGUAUAUUGUAAUGAUCCAUACACUAGUCUUCGCUGGCUCCACUGUUGUUGCGUAUCGCGUUAAGAGUGAUGCAGAAGACAAUUUGAAAUCGGAUAUGAGCAGCCAGAGAGUUCACACUGACACACGUGUAGAAACAUCUCAAAUCACCUGGAUUUGAGAAAAUGGGAUUUCAUGUGGUUUUGGGUUUUUUUGCUGUCCACAGCUCCAGACAUUCAAUCUGCAUUAAGAUAGUAGAUUCUUUUUUCUGGCACACUAAAAAAAAGCCCUAAUAAACUUUUGGUAAUUACUUGUUAACAGGUUUUAUGACCUCAACUCAGUCUUGUUAAAGACUUUGGGACUGAUCCUCCUUGUACUCAUCAAGUGUCAUCUGUACCUCCUCCACUCUAUGAACCUUUCACUAAGUUCUUAAUGUUUACACUCCAUUUUAAGUUCAUGAUCACCAAGGUUUCCAAAAUGGCCAUGUAUACUUGGUAUACACAUAUCCUUUUAAUAUGAAAUGUGUAUUCAAUGAUGCACAAACCGUCCAGUAUUUUUGAAAAAUAACAUCUCGGAUUCGAAGGUCAACUCGGUGUAAGUGUCUCGUAUCGUCAAUGGCUCAAGAAAGUGCAAUGUGCUGUGUAAGAUUGUUGUCGCUCGGAAAACUUUGUCAUUUUUGUUUGAAGAGAAAACUGUCAAUGGUUAAUAAUGAUUUAUGAACAUCACUCAUCCAUGAGUCGGUCAUUUCAAGCUGGAUUUGAUAGUAAGCGAUGCAAUUUAAAGAAAGUGAGCACACCUGAAGUGUCACUAAUAAGCUGUAUUUGCACAGGAAAACUGGGUACGCAACUACUUUGAACGCAGUAGGUAAAGGUUGGCGCCACAAGCAGCUCUAUAAACUGUGAUGGGCGUCUUUGAAUUCUUGUUUGGGGAAUAAUAUGACUCUUCAUAUGUCUUUUCUCUUCUAAAUCAUUUUCUCUGAAGAGGCGAUUUCAUUGGACCUUUUAUGAAUAAUUAAAAAGUAAAUCAAUUUGGAGUGGAAAAUGUUCAGCGUUGUAUUGAAGGUUUGAUUCUCCAGAGCAAUAAUCUCUAGAUACUAAGACAACCCAGCAUCACACAACCUAGGUGUACGGACGUUUGUGUUACUGACAUGGUUGUCAAGGCGAUACAGCGGACCGCACAGUCACAACCAGGGGGUGGUCAUCUCUGUCUGUCCGUGUAUUACCAUGUGUUUAAGUGGCAACUUGUUCAUGCCUCUCUCGCCCAUUGUGAGUUGGGACAGAUUCCAAUUCUCUGUGCUCCUGUACACAGUAUGUCCGUCGGUAUAGAUAGUGGAUCUGGAAGGAUGGAUGUAGCCUGCACAUGCAAACAGAGCUAAAUAAAGUCCAUUGCAUUUGA